AUGUUAAUUGGCACACAAAAAAUAGAAUGUCCAUUCAGAGUGAAGGGGUUGAAAUUGAACACAAAUGACGAUUGGAUGGUAAGUGUGGUAUGUGGAACGCAUAACUAUUCUGCGGCAUUAUAUAUGGAGGGUCAUGCAUACAUGGGUAGGCUUUCUGCUACUGAAAAUAAUAUAUUGGUGGAUUUGUCUAAGAAUUUGGUUAAGCCACGGAACAUCUUAUAUACAUUUAAGAACAGGGAUCCGAACAACAUGUCCACUAUUAACACUAUAUACAAUGCACGUCAGAAGUUUCAGACUGUAGAGAAAGUUGGUAAAUCCCAAAUGCAACAACUCCUGUCAUUCCUACACCAGUACGGGUAUGUUUUCUUUAAUCGAAGCAAUGCUCAUACUGAUGAGCUUGAAGAAUUAUUCUUUACACAUCCAGGCUCGUUGGAACUAUUGCGUGCAUUCUCGCAUGUGUUACUGAUGGAUGCUACCUAUAAAACUAACAGGUUCAAGAUGCCUCUAUUUGAGAUUGUCGGUGUGACUUCAACAAAGAUGACAUUUUGCAUUGCAUUUGUAUUCUUGCAAUCAGAAAAAGAGGACAAUUAUACUUGGGCACUGAAUUGUUUGCGGUCAACAAUGGAUGAAUGCACUACUCCAAGAGUUAUUGUCAUCGAUAUAGAUUUGGCAUUGAUGAGGUCGUGUGCCCAAGUGUUUCCCUUGUACAUGGCACAUUGA